AAUUUUGUACAUAAUAAUCAAAGAGUAUAAUAAGUAUAGCAAAAAAUAAUAAUAAUAUAAGUACUAAGUAGUGGUCUGUGUCCUGUGAUCUAAGUUGUGUAAAAUAUUGGUAUUUAUUUAAUCAUUAAACCUAUUAAAACAUUUUUACUUCGAUGAAAGCUGUCGUCGGCGGUUUUUCUGAACCGAUACGACCUUCAAACCUUCAAGAAAGGAGCGUAUUCCUUUUUAAAAGGCCGCUAGCGCUAACCAUCAGGUGAACCGUCCGCUCGUUUGCCCCCUAUUCCAUAAAAAAUAACUAUUGUAUUGACUUAGUGAGUACCUAUACUAGACUACACUAUGCCGCGGGAACAAAAUAUGGAUUACCAGAAAUAUGCAUUUGAAUACGAUCCUAUAAAAAUAGCAUCCAUCGAUGGCACAGAUACUGAGCCCCAUGAUCGAGCAAUAGUACGGGCUAUGCACUCUGAGUACUCUCCUAAUAAGCUAGUGAAGGGGAAUCCUAGCCAUACAUUGUUCAUCGGCAGACUUAACCCAAGGACUACUGAAGAAAUACUCAAAUCUGAGUUUAGUAAAUUUGGUAGAAUACUAAAGUGUCGUGUUGUGAGAGACAUAGUUACUGGCAAGUCAAAGCAAUAUGCUUUCAUUGAGUUUGAGAGUGUAGGGUGUGUAGAGAGGGCUCUCAAGGAGAUGCAGAAGGAGUACCUUGAUGGUUCAGAAAUGAUAUUAGAACGUGAAGCAGAACGCAGACUACCUGGCUGGCGGCCACGGCGUUUAGGGGGUGGUUUCGGUGGGCGAAAGGAGUCAGGACAACUUAGGUUUGGAUGCCAAGACAGACCCUUCAGAAAACCUAUCACAAUCAUACAAAAGGUCAAUAAAAAGCCAGACAGGAGGCAGCAACAAUGAAUGA